UUUCAAGAAUUUGUGAAUUUUAGCAUAAUAAUAAUAAUAUAAUAAUAUAGGGUUAAUAAGUAUAAUGGUACACGCCACAUUUGUAAUUAAGUGGCAAAUGGCAUGCAUAAACGAUAUGACUGCCCACUGUAAGAGUAUAAAGUAAGUAAACAGCACAGCAAACAAACGGUAGCCGCAAAAAGGCGGACCAAAACGAGGGGUGCAAACAUUUGCAUAAUCGACGCCACCAACCGCUGCUGCUGCUGCGGCUGUUGUUGUUGUUGCUGCAGGAGUUGGUGCUGAUUGUUGAUUGUUUUUGUAGCCUCAUUACAUUCGAACAUAUCACCAAUCGCGAGACGAUUUGAUUUAUUUGCUUCGCUAGGCAGGCAAAAUGAGCCCCGCAGUAAUUUCCUAAAUCGACAAAAACAAUGGCAGCAAACCAAGAAAUACUUUCAACACCAAAUUAAAGUUAUUUCAACGAAUUAAUUUAAUUAUAAAUAUGUACAUGCAACAAGUUAGCAUGAGAAGUGGCGAGCACGGGUGUGGGUAUUAUUUUUUGAUUUCCUGCUAGGAAAAUUCUUCAGCUCGCCGCAUGCAACGAAUGCAGCAAUGCCGUUAAUUUGCCUACGACUGCACGGUGCCCUGGCAAUAACCUUGGCAAAUGGCAAAAAGAAGUAAAAUAAUAAGAAGAAGAUGUUGCCGCACAGUGGUGCAGCACAGCGUCAAAAAUGUAGGGCUUGCUGGUUCAUUCGAAUUGCAGCUAAAUUAACCGUGCACUGCCCACUGUUUGGCUCGUAAUAUGCAUGUAAUCAGUGCUUGCGGUAUGCACUGGUUAACGGGACAGUAACAGCGGCUGGCGGGGGCUAAACAAUGCAAAAGACAAAUGUAUCGUGUAAUGCUUUUUGUUUCACUUACCAUUGCCGUCGACAAUAGCAACAACUUCAUAUGUUUUUUUUCUGAAUGAAAGCAUUUUGCCGCAUGCUGCGCAUUACACAGCCUACAAUAAACACUCACACGAACACACUCACACACGAAGACAGAAACUUAUACACACGCGUGAUGUAAUAGCACCAAAGCAAGUAGAGGAUAAGUAACUAGAGUUACAGUUAUGUUGGCUUUAUAAAUUUAAAUGGUAAAAACAACAACGGACCGCGAACCGACGACAACGCUAUCCAAAAUUUUGCUAGCACACGCACUACGCGAAUAACGCACACACACUAAACGAAAACCGGCGCCAAAGGGCAGCAUCAUUUUGGGCGAAUCAAAGGUCGAAAAGAAAUGUGACAAGAGCGCAGGCGUAACAGAGAGGGGGAAGAUCAAGUGAGAGCGUGAGAGCGAUGAGAGCGAGUGGGUGGCAGAGAAGAGCGCAAAGAGAGCGCGCAUGCAAAUAUGAAAGAGGCAAAUUGCGAAUCGAAAUUAAUGCAAUUGGCGGCAACGUCGCUGUCGCUGUCGCUGUCGCUGUCGACAGCGACGUCAAAUUAAUGCAGCAGAAAUAGACGAAAUAAUUAAAGUGGGCUUACAAGAAAUUGUUGUAACAAAAGAGUUUAUAAAAAUGCUUGCAACAUGCGCGCGCCGCCACAGUUGUAAGCGAGACGCUGACCGACACACCGAGAGUCCAAGUCCAACGAAAGUCAACAACAAAAACAACAACAACAACAAGAAGACGAAAUUUACGCGCCCGCCGUGGCAGUCGUAACGGCUUUUCAAACCAAACGGGAAACGUAGAUCGCUGCUGCAACGAGUUUAACUUAAAGAAGGAAGCAGUGUGUGUGUGUGUGUGUGUGCCUGCGUGUGCGUAUGUGUGUGUGUGUUAAUUAAGUUUCAAUUAAAAAUUAAAUGCGUGUGCCAACAAGCAGCAGCAGCAAGAAAAAGCAACACAAAUGUUUUUACAAUCGGCAAGUGCUUCAAUUAUUGCCACAUUGACAGCGCGCAGCCUGCUGCUGGCCUGCGUCGCUGCGCUGUCGCUGUCGCUGUCGCUGCUACAUGUUGAGGCUCUGGACUGGCAACAGGUUAAGCCAAUGUAUUUAGUGUCCAUGUAUCCGGGCCCGUUAGGCAUGGCCUUGUCCCAGACACCAACCGCCACCUCGCUGUCCGCCGAACUGGACGCGGAAAUGAGCGCCAGCAACGACGAGAGCCGCAUUAGCGACAGCGCUGCCGAUGCCGACGCUGUCGCCGCAGAGCCUGAGCCAUUGGUAUUGAACCUGGAGACGACGCCACUGCUGGACAGCAUGCUGCCGGAGGGUGCGAUGGCCAUGGAUCGCAUCUUUGGCGGCGAUGUGGGCAAUCCACAUUGUUUUCCCUAUCAGGUGGGCAUGCUCCUGCAGCGUCCCAAGGGUCUAUACUGGUGCGGUGGCUCCCUAAUCUCCGAUCAGCAUGUGCUGACAGCCGCCCAUUGCGUGGACAUGGCCAAACGCGCCUUGGUCUUUCUGGGCGCCAAUGAGAUCAAGAACGCCAAGGAGUCGGGUCAGGUGCGUCUUAUGGUGCCCAGCAGCAAUUUUCACAUCUAUCCCACCUGGAAUCCCAAGCGUCUGAAGGAUGACAUUGCGCUGGUACGACUGCCCCACGCGGUCAGUUUCAAUGAACGCAUCCAUCCCAUACAGUUGCCCAAGCGGCACUAUGAGUAUCGCAGCUUCAAGAACAAGCUGGGCAUCGCCUCCGGCUGGGGCCGCUAUGCCACGGGCGUUCAUGCGAUCAGCAAUGUGCUGCGCUAUGUGCAGCUCCAGAUCAUCGACGAUCGCACCUGUAAGCGCAAUUUUCCGCUGUCCUUUCGGGGCACAAACAUCUGUACGAGCGGUCGGAACGCCCGAUCCACCUGCAAUGGCGACUCUGGCGGGCCGCUGGUGCUGCAGCGGCGUCACUCCAAGAAGCGCGUCCUGGUGGGCGUCACCUCGUUUGGCAGCAUCUAUGGCUGCGAUCGUGGCUAUCCUGCGGCCUUUACGAAGGUUGCCUCGUACCUGGACUGGAUUAGCGAUGAGACGGGCGUGCACUCGCACCAGGACACCACGGAGGCCAUUUUCUUUGAUCAGUAUAUCAAGAACUACGGCAAGGAGCAUCAAAAGCGCAAACUGCGCACCGACCACCAGCCAGACGAUGAUGUGCCCGACGAACUGGACGUGCACCACUCGCUGUCCGGCGAGGAUACGUCCGAGGCUGUCAGCCGACGGCCACAUUCCAAAUCCAAACACGACUUUUAUUUCUUGUAGCUUCAACAAAAUAAACUUUUACUUUAAGCUGAGCUAUGUUUUGCUUA